AUGAAUAUGAGCUGUACAAAGGUGUGCAAGCAACACCUCCUGAAGCAGGCAGCAGCCACGCUGGGCAGUGGCAACUUACGCGAAGCCGUUCGGCUACCCGAGGGCAUAGACUUUCACGAGUGGAUUGCUGUCCACACGGUGGACUUGUUCAACCAGGUCACUAUGAUCUACGGCACGGUUGCAGAACACUGCACCGAAAUUAGCUGUGCAGUGAUGUUGGCUGGUCCCAAGUACGAGUAUCGCUGGGCCGAUGGCCCAACAAACAAGAAACCCAUCCGAUGCUCGGCUCCCGAAUACAUUGACUGCCUCUUCAGCUGGGCCCGCAACCACCUGGAGGACGAGACGCUGUUCCCCUCCAGGGUCGGGGUCCCCUUUCCUGGCAAUUUCCUGCCUGUGGUUAAAACAAUCCUGCGACGGCUGUUUCGGGUGUACGCGCACAUCUACCACCAGCAUUUCCACGAGGUGGUGUCCAUGAAAGAAGAGGCACACCUCAACACUAGCUUUAAGCACUUCAUCCUGUUUGUGCUGGAGUUUGGGCUCAUUGAACAGGUUGAAAUGGCACCACUGUGGGAGCUCAUUGGAAAGCUCACUGGCCUGCACUAGUUCCUUGACAGUGCAAGUUAUUUGUGCGUGUCUGAGAGGGACCUAUGGAGGGAGUGCUGCAUUUUUUCAUUGUUUUGGCUGUGAUAAUGCAAAUGUGUGUCUUAUGACCCACACAGAAUUAGCUGUGGCCAAUCUGUACACCGAGUGCAUUGCUGUUGCUGGUUGGUUGGCCCCAAGGUUUUUGGCCAUGGUGCAACAACACCCUUGUUUGAUUGGAUGCUUGGCAAUGGUUGGUCAUUCAUCAUCAAGGUUGACACUCUUUGCACGGCAGCUAAAUGCGUUAUGGUCUAAAAUAGCUGGCACUCGCGUUGUACCAUUAUUGUAGCUGCAAUUUGGAAGAAUGGAGCAAGACUGGCCCAAGAUGAGGAUUCCUUUUAACAAAUGGCAUGGCCUGGUUCAUAACAGCCCUGCUAAUAACUUGUGGCAAGCUCUGAUUUUACUGCUUUGUUGCUUGGUAUCUGUGACGAGUAAAUUAGUUGCCCCUUCCAUAUUUACAACAGGAAGGAAGCAAUGUUGAAAAUUCUGUGUCAUCAGAGCAACGACAUGCUUGAAAACAGUGUUAAUGAUAAAUAAUUGAAAUUGUUUAGAGAAACCAGGCAUUGGUUGCUCAUAAGAAUACACUAUCACAGUUUGCUAUGAAGGAAUGCCAUGCAAUAUAGCUACCCUGUUCUCAAGUGUUCCAUCAUCAGAUUUUGUUAGUGCACAUAGAGUGCACUGCGAAAACGUGCAGAAGUCUGGGGAGGAAAGUGUUUAAUUUGCAAAUCCAUGUAGGUAUGUUCCUCACAGCAAUGAAGACCACUGUAGCGCUGCAGGUGACAUUUUCUACACAAGUCUGUUCUCAAUCACCUGAAUGAAAUCACUAAUUAAUAAAUUAUGUGCUGUAUUGGCUUCUAGCUCAAUGCAAGCACACAAUUGGCUCCUGCAUGCACUUGCAAGACAGUACAGUUGUUUUUAGUAUGCAUAGGGCUUGCUGUAUGUAAAGCAUCUUGUGUAUGUUGUGGUGCUGAUUGUGCCAGGGUGAAUCUGGUACAUAGGGUAAACCAACCGUCCAAUGACAAACCAGAGGCUUUGGUGUGCUGAAAAACAUUUUUCUGAUGUGUUGAUGCAGCAUAUAAGCUGCAUUGUAGCCUGUAGAAACACUCUGUUAAUAACUUGCAGUUUUUAUUGGUGUAACAAAUUCAGUUGGUUGGGCUGUAGCAUGUAACAUGCAAACAUUGAGGAAGAGGGGCUAAACUGCUGUGUCAUGGCUGCUACAUAAAUGUUACACUGUUAAGAUGCUGUUGUAAUGAUACAUUCUACUAUAUAAGGUCAUUAUGUGGCAUAGACCAAAUCUGCGAUGCACAGUUGGUCCACUCUUUUGAAGAACCUCCUGAAUACAGCAAAACCAAAGUGUGCAUGCAACUUUGAAAAUGCGACAGGGCAGUGUGUUGGAAGCUGCAUGUCCAGCUUGUAAAUUGCCCUCUAGGACAAGUGAACAUGUCUUUUGGUCGCUAAAACAACAGAUGCAGAGAGGAACACGCAGCGUGACUACCAACUGGUCUUAUUGAAAACGGAAGAUGGGGCACGGUGCCAUUCUAGCACAUACACAACACACGGGAUGUGACGUAACAAUACAGGUUUAUCUUUGCCUUUGCAUGUGUGCAUCAAACAAGUGCAUCUCAGUAUGGUAUAACAUAACAUAGGUAUCGCUAAUAUACAUGAUACCUUUCUUUUUAAUGAACCGUGCAGCUCACAAGCCGUUUUGCUGCCUCUCCUGUCAAUUUGCCGACACGCGUAAAAUGUGGUUCACACGUGCACGCAUUGCAGUGCACGCUAAGAUGCACAUCAUCCAAAGUGUUUAAUUGUUGGAGUGCACAGACAAACGUGGCAAUCUUUGUGUCUGUGUGUUUCUCUCUGCAUCUGUUAUUUGAGUGCCCAAAAAUCAUGUUCACUAAAUCGUACCAGCUUGCCCAAAAAUAAGUGUUAUUAGGUAUAGCUCCAGAUGAAGGCAUGCAUUGAAGUGAAGAUGUGCUGUGGAACCCAGCUUUGAGAAUCUUUUUAUUGCAAAUGCUUUCAUUAAACUCUGUCAUGCAAGUUA